AUGGUUUCACUCGGAAUUGAUGUUGUUUGUAGGAAAGAAGGUCAUUUGGCUGUGAUGAGUCACGAUCGAGAAUUGGAAAUCUCUGAUUUAGAAGAGAAUGAGCUGGUGACACGAUCGAGAGUGAAAGGUUAUUGA